AAUUCCAUUUGCGUACCAGCGAAACAAGAAAGCCGAAGACUGGCCGAUCUACCAUCGACAAGCGCUCACUUCCUCGCUCACUCUACUCACUCAAAUUCCAGAAAAUCAUCAAUCAAUUUUCAAACAAACAAUUUCAUCGAAAAUUUUCAAGUUAAUUUAAUGAUGAGGGUUCUGCCCUUUGGGUUACUGCUAGUUUUAGCUUCUGGGUUGUCAAUCAUUCUCAUUUACAUCAAUGGAAUCUCCAAUAUUGAUUCAAAAUCACGGCUUUCUGAUAAGGAUUUGGAGGCAUUACUUGCUCUUCAGAAUAGUUUUCAACAGUGUGUGGGUAGGGGUGAGCACAACAGGACCCUGUUGAAAUUCCGGGAACUGGAACCGAACCUGUUGCAACAGUUGGUGGAAACUGGAACCGGAACCUACAGGUUCCGGUUCCAAUUCAGGAGUGCAAAUGGCUUGGGUUUGAGAGCUGUAUUUGAAAAACAUAGUUGCAAAGUUACAAUGAAAUUUCCUGAUGAAACUGUCUCCAAAUGGAAUGACCCUAAAACAGGAGAGGCUGAAGGCUUGUCUCAUGAAUUCAAUCUUUGUGAAGCUGUGGCAACCUGGGAACAGGUUAGAAAUAGUACAACAGUCUUGACAAAAGAGUACAUCGAUGCUCUGCCUAAUGGCUGGGAGGAUUAUGCAUGGAAAAGGAUCAACAAGGGAAUCCAGCUAAAUAAUUGUCGAAACAAGGCCCUUUGCAUGGAGAAACUCUCUCUGGUUCUUCCUCUUACACCUCCUUAUUAUCCGAAGCAGUUCCACCGUUGUGCUGUGGUAGGGAAUUCUGCAGAUCUUCUGAAAACCAAGUUUGGCCAAGAGAUAGACUCUUUUGAUGCUGUUUUCCGACAGAAUGGUGCACCUAUUCAGAAUUAUUCUGAAUAUGUAGGCUCAAAGAGUACAUUCCGUCUUCUGAAUAGAGGGUCUGCCAAAGCUCUAGAUAAAGUUGCUGAGCUGUAUGAUGCUGGAAAGGAGGCCUUGAUAGUUAAAACAACUAUUCAUGACAUAAUGAGCAAAAUGAUCCGGGAAAUUCCUAUUCUCAAUCCUGUAUAUCUCAUGUUAGGUACAUCCUUUGGCUCAUCUGCUAAAGGAACGGGACUUAAAGCAUUGGAGUUUGCACUUUCUAUAUGUGACACAGUGGAUAUCUAUGGCUUUACUGUUGAUCCGGGUUACGAAGAAUGGACUAGGUAUUUUUCUGAAUCCCGUGGAGGUCAUACUCCUUUACAUGGUCGAGCAUACUACCAGAUGAUGGAGUGCUUGGGUCUGAUCAAAAUUCAUUCUCCCAUGCGUGCUGACCCAAAUCGUGCUGUGAAGUCGCUUCCCAGCCGCCGCAUUAUUGCUGCUGCAAGGAUUGCAUCUGAGAAGAUAUUGGCGAGAGUUGGAGCUGGCUCGACCGAUCCACUAAGCCAAUGUUCCAUGAUAAAGAAGCAGCAAUUUGAUCGGAAGCCUAAAACAACCCUCCGGAAGGCAGCUCUUGAGCACCAAAAAUAUGUCAAAGGGGCAACAAUGUAUCCUGUGGAGCAUAAUCCUGGCCAUGGCUUGCUUUGCACAGUACCCCAGUAAUUAGUUUUGUUCUGACCAUGUUUUGAACAGACAAGACAGUAAUUCUGUUUAAAACCAAAAAAAAAAAAAAAAAAAAAAAAAAAAAAAAAAAAAAAAAAAAAAAAAAAAAAAAACUAACCUGGUGGAUUUAUGGGCAAUUGAGUUUUUUGGACCACUAUUUUUAUAACCUGGUGAGGUAUAAGGGACCACAUUUUUUGUCAUUGAUUUCUCUGUACUUAAGCUGUAAUACUGUAAUUGUUUUUAAUACAUAGAAACAAUGCGUGGCCUGGACAAUGCUUUAGGUUUUUACUUAGAACAAUUGUUGGAUAGACAUUCAUUUUUUUUUUUCCAAUCUAUUUACUUGUAGCUUUUCAUUUUACCUAUGAAUAUAUUUAUAUAUUAGCUUAGCUUGUGAAUUGUACGAAUUUAAAUAAUUAUCCUCGUCUUUUUGGAGGUUGUCUAUUUAUGGAGAAUAUAUACGUUCA